AUGGGCAACAACCCUUCCAAAGGCCCGGUGGGCGACGCGCAUCACCACGCCCAUGCCCACCACAGCUCUGCAAGCGAUCGAAAGGUCGCCCGUCGAUCCUCCCUCAACACAAUCGCGGUCCCUAAGGCCACUGCAGCCGAUCCUUCGGCCACAAAGGAGACAGCCGCUGGGCACUCGGCAGGAUACCAAGGAUCCGUGCAAGAGCGCCUACAAUCCCGAAAUGUCCCCGAAUCUUCACCAAAGAACAUAGAGAGGGCUCCGCCACAAGAUGCACGUCGAGUCGAGCCCUCCCCGAUCAAAGACAUCCCAUCCCGCGACCACUCCAACCCGGUCCAAGUCCCGGUCUCGCGCCAUGUCCCGGGGCGCGAUCCUGUGGCACCAUCGGCCCCGCCCCUCAACUCGUACUAUAGCGCAUCAGCACACCUACAACAUCCCCCGCGCUUGCCGUUGCCAAUUGGUGAUGCUAACACCACUCCUGGAUCGCCCGUCGCCGGCCCUGAGGACUCGCAUAUCCAGUCGCUCCCCGCAGAUCGACUCUUGGAUGAACAGAUGGAUCCGAGUACUCUAGCUGCAGGUCAUACGACUAUUGAAGAGGAAGAGUUGCUUGAUGAGCUCCAGCCAUACACCAUCAGCGGUGCGGGCAAGGCCGUCCCGGUCGUUAUCGAAUGGACAGCGCCUGCUGAGAAGGUCUAUGUAACUGGUACUUUUGUUAACUGGGAGAAAAAGUUCCGUCUGCAUAAAAGUGAAAAAAAUCCGUCCGUUAUGUCUACUACUCUGAACCUUCGACCUGGCACGCACCACUUGAAAUUCAUUGUCGAUGGAACAAUGCGCGCUGCGGAUAACCUUCCCACUGCCGUCGACUUCACUAAUCAUCUGGUCAACUACAUUGAAAUCAGUGCAGAUGAUGCUCAUGACAAGGACUCCGCCGUCCAGCCGGGAGCUCCCCCUCCACACACGGUCCCGGAUUCCUCUAAACAGGAUCCAGGGGAUACCGAGGACCACCCUCUAGAAAAGGAAGAAAUUGAAGAAGAGGAAGAAGACAGCCCGGCCUAUGUCCAGGCUGCCAAUGUCAUUGGAGAUACGGCUACCCCUCCCAGUCUACCUCUCUUCUUGGGUAAGUCAAUUCUCAAUGGCACAACUCCCAUGAAAGACGAUAGCAGUGUUUUGAACUACCCGAACCACACCGUCUUGAAUCACCUCGCCACGAGUAGUAUCAAGAACGGUGUCCUGGCUACAAGUGUGACGACCAGAUAUAAAAGAAAAUAUGUCACGACUAUUUUGUACAAACCGACUGGCGAUAUCACAGAAUGA